AUGUUCUCAAAGCAACUCGUUAAAAAAGGAAUAAAUGGUUUUCAAAGGUUUUAUAAUUUAAGAAAAAUUGGAAUUCGAAAUGCUACUUCAAUCUCGAAGUUAACGGGUGCUGAAAAUGCGGAAAACAAGAAUUUUGAGAAUUCGAAACAAAUGAAUAAUGGUAUUACUAAAAUAUCAACAUUACCAAAUGGUAUGCGUGUUACAACGGAAAACACGCCUGGACAUUUCAUAGCAGUUGGAGUAUACGUGGACGCAGGAUCAAGGUACGAAACAGCAAAUACUAUUGGAGUAUCCCAUAUUUUAGAUCGAUUGGCUUUUAAGAGUACAACUACUUAUACAAAUGAACAAAUACAAAAUAUAACAGAAUCAUUAGGAGGCAACGUUAUGUGUGCCAGUAGUCGUGAAACUAUUAUGUAUCAAUCAGCUAUUUUUACUCAAGAUUUAACUAAAGUUUUAGCACUCUUUGCGGAUGUAAUUCGUAAUCCUCUAAUUAAGCCAGAGGAAGUAGCCGAACAAAAACAAACUGCAUUGUAUGAAAUUCAAGAAAUUUGGCAAAAACCUGAAAUGAUUUUACCAGAAUUACUUCAUACUGUAGCAUAUAAAGAUAACACAUUAGGGAAUCCGAUGUUAUGUCCUGAAGAUAGAUUAAGUAUAAUGACACCUCAAAUGAUAAAGGAUUAUAUAUUAACUUGGUAUCGUCCAGAACAAAUGGUCAUAGCAGCUGCCGGUGCAAAUCAUGAAGAAGUGUUGGAAAAGGCAUGGAAAUAUUUUGGAGAUAUGCCUAAAUCUCCAGAUUUUAAUGUUCAACAACCAAUAUCAUCAUAUUCAGUCACAGCACCAAAUUAUAAACAAUCUAAAUCAUCUUUAUACAAAACAAUUACUACAGCAGCAACAUCUUUACUUAAAUCGAAAGUUCCAAUAACAUCUACCACAAUUCAAAAAGCACAUUAUACAGGAGGAACCCUGAUGAUUAAUCAACCUCUUCCACAUACACAUGUUUAUAUGGCAUUUGAAGGACUUUCAAUACAUGAUCCGGAUAUAUAUGCACUUGCAGUACUUCAAAUAUUACUUGGUGGAGGAGGAUCAUUUUCAGCUGGAGGACCUGGGAAAGGAAUGUACACACGUCUUUUCACAGAUGUUCUCAAUCAAUAUCCAUGGAUGGAAUCAUGCAUGUGCUUUAAUCAUUGUUAUACUGAUUCAGGUCUUUUUGGUAUUAUGGCAUCAUGUCGACCGGAAUAUAAUCAUACUGUAUUGGAAGUUAUUGCUCAACAAUUUGAUAAUGUUUCAAGUUAUGGACGUAAAAAUGUAACUCAAGCGGAAUUCAUACGAGCAAAAAAUCAACUGAAAAGUAGUUUGCUCAUGAAUUUAGAAUCAAGGAUGGUUCAAGUUCUUGGAUAUAAAGUUCCUGCAGAAGUAAUGUGUAAAAAAAUUGAUGAUGUUUCAUUAGAUGAUCUUGUAAGAGUUGCAAAAAUGGUUGUAAGAGGUCAAGUUCAUAACGAAGGAAAUGGUACAGGUAAAAUUUCAGUAAUUGUUCAAGGAGACUUGACUGGAUUACAAGAUGUUACCAAAGUUGCUGAAAAGUAUGGUCUUGGUAAAAGUGGUUAA